AUGAAUCCACUGGAAGAGAUUAAACUUUUGAAGAUGCUCGCCAGUCCAGAUCUCCUAGAACAAGGUAAGCGCAUCCAUCUUAGCAUUGUAUCGUCCGGAGUGGACAUCCGUCACAACACUUAUCUUGGAAACUUGCUCGUCCAAAUGUAUGGAAGGUGUGGUAGUAUCAUCGACGCCAGGGCCGUCUUCCAAGAGAUUUGGACGAGGAACGUUUUCUCGUGGACGCUCAUGACUGCCGCAUAUAUCCAGAAUGGGCAUAUGGAGCUCGCAUUACGGCUCCUCCAGGAGAUGGACCUGGAUGGAUCUAGCCGACCCGACAGCUUCGUCUUUGCAAACUCGGUUCGCGCCUGUGCAGCCUUGCAAGAUCUCGCCACCGCUCGAGCUCUCCACGACCGGAUUUUCGCCACUGGACUGCUCCACUCGGACACACUGCUGCAAAACUCGCUUGUCAACCUCUACUCCAAGUGUGGCAGCCUUGCCGAUGCCAUCCGAGUGUUUGACGAGAUUAGCAACAAGGAUCUGGUGUCUUGGAACUCGAUGCUGCGAGCUCACGUCGAGAAUGGAGAGCCUCUGAAAGCUCUCAAACUCCAUCAGCGGAUGGAGCUGGAAGGGGUCUGGAAUGAAGCUGACGAUAUCACUCUCCUAUGCCUCGUUCAAGCCUGUGCUGAUCUCGGGAGCCUGACAGUGGCACGGGAACUGGACACUCGGAUCACGAGAAGCAGAGCCAUGGCUGCUAAGAUGGCGAACGGCCUGGUGAGCAUGUAUGCCAAGUGUGGGAGCCUGGAGGAUGCCGAGGAUGUUUUCGAGGAUUUGCCGAGCAGCAGCAAGAGCGUCGUGGCCUGGACCUGUUUGAUCGAUGGCUAUGCUCAAGCUGGUCGUGGCAAGGAUGCGUUGCGAGCCUAUAGGAGAAUGGAACUGGAAGGAGUGAAGCCCGACACUGUUGCGUUCGUCGCUGUUCUUGGCGGCUGUGAUCUUUCGUCCGAUAUCAGGAAGAUCCACAGCUCUGUCCAGGAAGCCGGACUGGAAAUGACGAUUGGUGUUGCAACAGCUCUUACAAAUGCCUAUGGUAGAUGUCACGAAGUUGAUGCUGCGAGGAAGAUCUUUGACGCGAUGCCGGAGAAGAACGUAGUCACUUGGAACUCCAUGGUUGCGGCCUACUCCCAGCACGGGCUGUGUGAUACAGCCAUUGAGCUCUUUCGAGUGUUGCACUUGGAAGGCCUCAAACCCAGUGCCCUCACCUUUGUAAACGCGCUGGGUGCUUGCGGGGACGAUGCAGCCGCUGUCCAAGAGAUUUUAUCACAAGUUCUCGAGAUGAAAGUCACCAUUCCUCCCCUUCUCGAGAAUUCGUUGGUCGGAGCUCUAGCUAGGUGUGGGAGAUUGCUGCAUGACGACAUCGUAAAUAAUCUGAUCGUCCCCGAAAAACGAGACGUGGUGUCUUGGACUUGUUUGCUUGGAGCAUACAGCCAGCACGGUCUCGGAGACGAAGCCAUGCAGACAUUUUGCUGGAUGAGCUUGCAAGGCGUGAGGCCGAACGCGAUCACCUUCGUCCACAUUAUCAAUGCAUGUCGCUCGGAGAAAGAACUUAAGCAAAUUCACGAGCUGCUGGAAUCAAGCUCUUGUCUUAAUGUCGAUGAUCAUCUCCAAGUUGCGAAUGCUCUGGUAAACUCGUAUUCUUCAUUCAGAUGCCUGUGUAGCGGCCGGAAUGUCUUUGACAAGCUCUCGAGCUCCAAGAACAGCGAGCAUCUGUGGACGAGUAUGAUGUCGAGUUACACCCGACAUAGCUUUGCUGGCGAGGCCUUGAAUCUCCACUGGCAGAUGAACGUGCUUGGAGUCGUCCCGGACGAGUUCACGUACUUGAGCGUGCUCGGUGCGUGUUCGAGCCUCAGAAACGUUGAACAAGGCCGAGAAACGCAUGCGAGGAUUCUGGAACGCAGUCUUGAAACAAACAUGAGUCUAGCCUGUGCUCUGGUGACAAUGUAUGGCGAGUGUGGAUGCCUCGAGAGUGCCAAGGCCAUCUUCGACGGCAUGGCGAGCACAAGAGACGUGGUUGCCUGGACAAGCAUGAUCGGAGCGAGCUCUCGUUGCAAAGAUGGAAGACGAACAGUGGAGUUGUUUCGAGAGAUGAGCCUAGCAGGAGUAAAUCCAAAUGAGGUAUCUCUCACCUGUCUUCUCAAUGCGUGCAGCCAUCUCGGGAUGAUGGACGAAGCCAAGAGCUACUUCUCGUCCAUGGCCCAAGACUACAGCAUCUCCGCGACCGUGGAACAUUUGAGAUGCUUGGUGGAUCUCCUGGCGAGAUCUGGGAAGCUAGACGAGGCGGAGUUUCUAGUGUUGAGCAAAGUUUCACCUGAGGAUGGAAGACUGGAAAAGUCUGACGCCAGUGUAGCUCUAACCAUUCUUCUCAGUGGCUGUCGAAUGCACGGUGACGCUCCAACGAGUGUCCGAGCUGCAACCGCGUGCCUCAACUGGGAACCAAAUGAGGCCAGCUCGUAUCUGCUCGUGGCACAAAUCUGUGGAGCUGCGUGA